UUGUUUAGUUUUGGUCUGCCUGCGAGACGGGAAGGUUUACGUCUGCUGCUCUGAAAAAAGGUUAACAAGGAAAUUGUUAAAUCGUGUCUCGACUUGUGCAAGUUGGUGUUUGUCAUGAAGAAAAAUUCAUAGAGUGAAAAACGUUGAGUAAAAGUAAUAUUUGUAAAGUGGAAACAAAUUUAGUAAAAAUUAAAAUUUUGUAAAAGUUUAACGUCGUUGUGCUCCAUGAAGAAAAACUCAAUUAUUAAAAAUAUUUAGUAGAUGUAGUAACUAUGGAUUUUUUAAAAGUUACAAAGUUGAAAAUUUGAAUUUUUAGAAAUGAAGUAACAAUUAAAAUUGUUUUUCAUGGAGAAAAAUUUAAUUACUAAAAAUGUUAAGAAGAUGCAAAAUCUGUGAAUUGGAAAAUAAUUGCAAAAUUGAAUAUUUAGUGUGAACUUUUUUAAAAAUAAGUAAUAAUAAAAAUUUUGAAAAGUUUAACGUCGUUAUUUUCCAUCAAGAAACUUUAAUUUGCUAAAAAAUUUAAUAGAUGUUUAAGUUGUGGAAUUAAUUAAAAUUCAGUUUGGGUUUUUGAAAUAAAUAAAAAAUAACAGCUCAAAAUUUUGAAAUCGAUUUGUUUCGAAGGGUUGUGAAUCAAUACUAAUUUUUGCUUUAUUGAUUAUUGAUUAACCUCACCUGGACAAGAUAUCGAUCAAUUUUUUAUAUAUAUAAUGUGACUUUUUCAACUACUGAAUAAAAUUUGUCGAAAAAAUGUGUGAAAGUGUAACGUUAAGAAAACGUGGAAUUUUUGUAUUUUGAAAAAAAAAACAUCGAAAUAUCUCCUGGCAAGAAUGUCCGGGCGGAAGGAGGGAGACGAGGAGGAGGAUAAUUUAUUCCGGAAAUUGGAAAUCCGGCUCAAUCCACGACUUUUGUUACAUGAAAAAAUUUCGUUUUCACGAAAUGGUCACACUUCUUGUGAUGAGAAGGAUGUGGAAAAAGGGAUGGCUCGCCUCAUAGCGGACGAAUUUCUGACGGAAGAACGAGACCGGAAGUAUUACGCGGAUCAUUAUCGCUGCCUCCCACCGCCACUCUUUAUCAUCUUUGUGACACUUAUCGAGCUUGGAUUCUUCACGUACUACUCGCUCUCUUCAGAUUCUGCAGACCUGUCGACUUCCACUUCCGGUCCGCUCCCGAUGGACUCGCCGUUCGUCUACAGGCCGGAUAAGAGGGAGGAAGUUUGGCGAUUCUUGGUCUACAUGGUUCUCCACGCAGGCUGGGUCCACUUAAUGUUCAACCUCCUCGUCCAACUCUUGGUCGGACUCCCGCUCGAAAUGGUGCACGGGUCUUUUCGGAUCGGAGCAAUUUACAUGUCCGGUGUUUUAGCCGGAUCCCUGGCAACUUCCGUGUUCGACCCGGACGUUUACCUGGUCGGCGCAUCCGGCGGGGUUUACGCCCUCCUCGCCGCCCACCUCGCGAACGUCCUGCUGAACUAUAACAACAUGGAGUUUGGCAUCUUGCGCCUCCUCGGCGUCUUCCUGAUCGCCAGUGUCGACGUGGGUUUCGCCAUUUACGAUCGCUACGCCGGAUCGUCGUCCAUCGACGACUUUGAGAGCAGCCAACCCGUCUCGUACGUCGCCCAUUUGGCCGGCGCCCUGGCCGGGUUGACGAUUGGGCUCGUCGUCUUGAAGAACUUUGAACAGCGCCUGCGCGAACAGUGCAUGUGGUGGGUGGCGCUAAGUUUGUAUGCCACGUGCACCCUGUUUGCCGUCUUGUUUAACCUCCUCCGACCGAAUGAUGGCUUGAUUGGGACGGAAUUUGUCGAGGUGGGGGAACCGUUUCCGCAUCCGGUGGAAAAUCUGGUCAAUUCCUUUAAUUAAAUUGCGAAUUUAUUGCAAUGUUUUUUUUGCAAAUUUAUGUAACGAUUUGGAUUUUUUAGUUUAAGGAAUUUUUAAAAAAUUUGUUUUUAAUUUAAAAAAUUGUACCCAUUUUUGAAUUUUUUGAUGGCUUAAUCGGGUAUGAGUUUGUCAAGGUGGUGCGGAACCGUUUCCGCACCGGGUGGAAAAUCUGGUCAAUUCUUUUAAUUUUUUUUCAAUUUUAAGUAUCUUGAUAAGAAAAUCGGAUUUUUAAUUUUGUAAAUGAAUCCAGGAGUUUUUUUUUAUUUUAAAAAAUUGUUCUCAUUUUUUAUAUUAUUUUAAUUUUUACCGUAUGACCAAGAUAUUGAUUACUUUGUUAGCGGGUGGAUUAGAAAUGGGGAGAAAUCGAGCAAUUUCUUAUAAUUAAAAGGUUUAUUAGAAAAUUUUCGGUUUUAUGUAUGCAUCUUGGCAAGAAAAUCGUAAUUUUAAUUUUGGAAAUGAAUCUAGGAGUUUUUUUAAUUGAAAAAAUCGUACCAUUUUUUGCAUUAUUUCGAUUUGUUACACCUAUUUUAUUGUAAUGACCAAGAUUAGAAAUGGGCAAGAAACGAUGGCAUAAUUUUAUUAUUUAUGUAAAUUAAACGUUUAAAAAGAGCACACAUUUCACCCAUUAAAUGAAACACUGCCCAUUGUUUUCGUGUGUAAACUGGCCAAAAAUAUUUAUCUAGCUCUUGUAGUUAAGAAAAUGCAUAUGUAUGUAAAUUAAGUGUGCAAAAAACUGUACGUUGCAAAAAAAAAUUGGAAAUCCAUGUAAAAAUUUCACCUCAGCAAGUAUAAUGAAUUAUUGAAAAAGUAAACAUUUAUAAGACAUGAUUUUCGAAAUGGAAAUAUUUCGAGAAGAUCGAAAUUAUCACUGAUUUUAAUUUUUAAGUGGUUGUUCUGUUUAUUAUUUAACGUGCACAUUAAUUCUGUAAAUAAUUAAUUACCGCAAAUUAAUUAAUUGUUAAUUAAGCUAAAAUAUUCAUUAAAUUAGAUUAGCUGUAGAUAUUUAAAUAGCGUAUAAAAUUAACCAUACAGUUAAGUACGUAAUCCAAGAGAAGAAACAACUUUGUCAAAAAGUCUGUAAUUCUCACAACGAUGCGAAACAAUGCAAAAAUUAGUAACUAGUUAAGGAAAUGCAAAAUAUUUCAUAAAAUAUUUUUGCAAACACAUGUGUACAUAUGUAAAUAAUGCAAAAAAUGUCCAGUCGUAAAAAGUACAUGAAUAAUGACGCGGUAACAAAAUUGGUAACAAUGAUUGAGGGAGAAAUUCAAAUAUUCCCGACAGAUUGAUCAAAUUUGUACCAUCCUGUCAAAAAUUUGGUAAUAGAUUUGAAUUUAUGGCAGACAAAUAUGGUCACCGGUGGGUAAUAUAUUGUGGCAAUUUUGUUACCACGUGAUUUAUUUAUAAUCGAUGUAUGUAAUUAAUUAACGUAAAUGACUCAUCACUAAAAUCAUGAAAAUCAGCACAUUUUUAGUCAUUUCUCUCCUCUGGAAACUUAUUCUAAAAUUCUGGGCGAUGAAUUUGUAGUGAGUGAGUUUUUGAAGCUAGUUUUGAUGAGUUCCAAUGUUUCUGAAAGCUCUUAACCUUGAGAUCUCCUCCUUCAAAAAGUGUCAAAAUCUGGGGUGUAUAUUUUUAAAAAUUUAUUACUCCCUGCUCUACAAAUUUGUUGACCAGAAUUUUAAAAUAAAUUCCCAGAAGGGAGAAUUGAUUAAAAAUGUGCUGAUUUUUAUGUUUUUCGAGUCCUCCGUUAAAUAUUAUGUGUGUAAAAACUAGUCAUUUCGCAGGGUACUAUAAACUUAGUAAUUUAAAAAAAAAACUCAUAAUUUAUAUUUAAAAAAACUUCUUUAGUCAGGAUUACACAAUUGCGAUACAAUUUUCCAUAAAAAGUUAAAAGUUUCCAUUUGUUUGUAGUUUCCUGUCCCGAGGUGAAUCAUGUUACCAAACGACGGUUGUUGAGAAAAAAAAUAAUAAUUUGCAAUAAUUUGCAAAAUUAUUUAUCUAUUUCGCACUUCAUCUCAAAUUUGCACUGAUUUUUACAGACUGGUCUCUUAAUUUUGGUAAGGGGUGUUAUAUAAUUUUAGAAGGUUGUGUUCAUUAAUUUACAUAUUUAUUUAAUUUUAGGUCGAAAUUUUUUUUAUACUUUUUCAAAAAUUUUAUAGAAAUUUAUGUAGUGGGUUUAAAUACAUAAUACAUGUACCGAUUUUUGUAUUUAUUAAUUUAUUACGCAUACUAAUUUUUGGAAAUGAGACGAAUGUGAAGUUAGCUAAAAAAUUAGCGUGUAUGUACAUAAAAUAAAAAAAUAUAUCAAAAUUUGCAAAUUUAGAAAUAAAUAUUUGUGCAAAAAAGUAGAAAUAAUAUUAUUAUCUGAUUUGGCUUUAAAAAAAUAGUAAUAGUUUUUACGUAGUGUAAAAAAAACGAUGCAAAAUUCGUAAAUAUAUCAUGCUUGAAAUUAUAUGUGCGAAAUCAAUGGUUUGAAAACAAAUAAAUGUUGUCAUAAAAUAUAA